GUAAAAACUGGAAAACAAGGGAUUGAAUGAGAUCUGUAGGCUGUAAAGGAAAAAAUCUGUUACUUGAAGAUAUUUACAGGACUGAGCUCAAGUGCUGGAGACUCUAGGCCUACUGUUACAAUGUCAGAUGAUGAAUGUGAUUUAGAUGCCCUAGUUUCACUUUUGGAUGACAACAGUGAUGCAACAGAAAUUAAGGAGCAUGAAUCGAGCAGUAGUAAGUUACAGGGGGAUGCCCCUGCCUCAGAUAAUCCCAGAGAGGAGAAGGGGAGUGGUGCCAAAACAACAGAAAAUCAACAGCUAGAGGAGGAAUGUGAUAUAGACACUUUAACAGCAUUUCUGGAGGAGGAGGACAGUGAUUUUGAGGGGGAGGAACUCGGUGAAAAUAGUCCAGAGAAAUUGGUUGUGGACACUGAGAGUGCCUCCACUGCAGAGUGUGGUGUACCCAAGACGGGAAGUCCUCAAUCUGUAAGUGAAGUGCAAGAAGAUGACUCAGGUUCACAACCUGCCAGUGAUGAAGAUGAGGAGGAAGAAAAAGAUGACUCUGAUAUUCAAGCUGAGCUUCUUAAUAUUCAAAAGAAAAUGUUAGAACUACAAUCUCAGUUGAAAAUGAGAAAGAAAAAGUCCAAAAGUUCGAAAUCCCCAUCAUCGGUGGUUCCCAAAGCAACAGGGGACAAAGAAGAUCCUCCCUGUAGUUCUCAGCUAAAGAAACGAUCCCCUAGUGAAAAACAAAAAGAGAAACUGUCUCCUCAUAUGUCUAAACAGAAAUGUGUCACUCAAAAACAUCAAACCUCAGUACAACACAGUGUAAAGAAAAGUCCAACAUCUAAAGAUGGAAGCAGUCAUCCAAAAUUAAAAGACACUUUUCCCCAGAGAAAUAGUGAAAUGAAGAAUAAAAAAAAUACUGAGAAAGUAGUGUCUCCAAAAAUUAACUCAGAUGUGAAUGUGCCAAAUAAAAUGAAAGAGCUGACUACAGAUCAAGACCUGGAAAGAAAUCCAUUUUUUACUGAGAACACAAAUGCUGACCCCGGGGAUCCUAGUGGAGGGACGGCUGGUCUGUUUGGGGACAGUGACAGCGACUGGGAGGAACUGGAUGGGGGGGAGAAGUCAGGAUUAAGUGAGUCAGGUCAAGUCAUAAGAGACCUGAUGAAGAGAGAGAACGGACAGAGAGUGUCCCACGCCUCCCAGGGGGAUGUCCAGGAGCUCCGACAGAGGGCGCUCAAGUCAAACUCGUGGAAAAACCGUCCUUUUGCUGGACAGGAAAUGGUUGAUCCUCCCCGUAAGAAAGCGAGUGAUGAUUAUAAGAGUAUAACAGAUUCAUUCUCUGGAAUCAGAAUCAUCAAUCCAAAAAUUUCUAGUAUGGAAAUGAAGUACAAAAUGGCUGACAGAACUUUGAUCAAACUGUCCAAGAUUCAUUUAAAACUGAAGAGUGCUGAUCUCCAGGGUAACUGGGUGACAAUAGGGGUCAUAGUUCACAAGACUGAGCCUCGAACAUCUGCUACGGGUAAGUCGUUUUGUAUCUGGCGACUGAGUGACCUUGAUGAUUGUGACAAGACCAUCAGCUUCUUCCUGUUUGGGGAGGUAUUCAAACAACACUGGAAGAAUGAAGUCAAGUCAGUGGUGGGCAUCCUAAAUCCUCACAAGAUGGACAAAGCUGAUAAGGGCCAGCAGGAUAUGGCUUUUACAGUGAACCAUCCUAACCAGAUACUGAUAAUGGGCUACUCCCAGGAUCUGGGCAAGUGUGCUGGAGCAAGCAAAGCGGGCAAACCUUGUACUAAUUUCAUUAAUAGACAACAAGGAGAGUUCUGUGUGUACCAUGUACAGUCAGCUUACAAGAAAGUCAGUGCUAAAAGGACGGAGCUACAGGGAAGUUCACAAGUUACUCCCAAAAAUCGAAUGUUUGGACCAAGGAAUACAAAGGAAUCACUUUUCUUUUAUGGAGGGGAAACAUUUACCAACACAAAAAGAAAGUCCACCAUGAAAGACCAAGUAUCUCUGAAGAAUCUCCAAGCCAAGCAGCUACAGAGCAAGGGCAAGUUUACCACCCUGUCACUACAUAACCUUGACCCUGAGGAUAUAGACAAACUGAAACAGCUCAACCAGAAGAAGAACGACUUUGUAGAAUUAUUGUCAACACCAACAGUUGGUUCACUGAACGUUGUCAAGCACCUAGUGAAAAAAGAAAACAGGACAGAAAUAGAAUCGUCUGAGGACAAGAGUGUAGAGAUACAGUCUAUCUCUCCAGCAGAGCUACUAAAACAACACAAACUGGACAUGAUCAGGAAAAAGAAGGCCAAACAAGCGGGGUUCCCCUCCCUAGGGAGCCAGGGCAGCCCCACCCCAAGGGCACCUCAGUUAGGGAGAGGGGGGCUAGCUGACGGUUUUAUUUCCCUGGACAUGACAAGUAAAAGGAAACCUAUCUCUAACAUGGAGCUAGCUAAGAUUAAGGCUGUAUCUAAGAUAAAGAAGAGUGGAGGGAUUGAGAAGGAUGACCCUAAUGCACUGAAGAGGAAGAGAGAAUCUCCCAAGGCCAAACAGGAGAUUCAGGAGAGGGUUCUAGCUAACCUGGAAAAUAAAGACAAUGAAGACAAGGAACCAGAGGAACCUCCACAGAAGCGUUCCAAGCUUCUGGGGAACAUUGAUGAAAAUUCUGAAGAUUUUAAAAAGCUGAUGAAGUCUAGAUCAAAGCAUACUGGGGCCCUGGCUGAGGUUGAACAAGAGCAGGAGGAGAGAUACUUUAUGGAGCUGGAGAAGAAAGAGAAAUACGAAGAGAAGAUGCAGUCCACCAUGUCUGUCAACUGUACUGUGUUCACCUGUAAAAAUUGUGAGUACACAGCUUGGAAGUUAGCAGACAAAUGUAAGGCAGAGAGACACACCAUUGUGAAGUCGGAAAGAUCCAAAAGGUUCUUCAAAUGUAAACACUGUGGAAAGAGGAAAAUUUCUAUGCAGAAGUAUCCAACAGAACCAUGUGAUUGCGGGGAGUAUAACUUCCUGAGAACCGCCAUGAUGGAGGAGAGGAAAGGCCCUAAGCUGCCCAGCGAGAAUCUGAGUUUGCUGGGAGAUGAGGUGGCCUAUCUAGGGUCAAUGAACCAGAAAGUCUAUCUGGAUAUCUAGAGCCUCGAAAAUGUCAGAACUGGAAUAAGAAACACCCCCCAGUGUAAAAUCAGAAGGAAAGCAAACUUUAAGACAUUUUUUGUAAACUUGCAAAUAUCAGGAAUUGUACAGAUUUUUAUUUUCUUCUUUAUAUAUUUAUAUAUUGAUUUUUUGAUUUAUUUUUAAACAUGGAAAAGCAUGAUGUUGGUGCUAGCUAAAUAUUUUAGAUCAAUAUGAAAGUAAUACAUGUACGUGUAUAAAACAUGAUGAUCCUGGGAUUAUAAAGUUAUAUUGAAGUCGUCCACUAUACAGUAGGUAAAUUAUACAGUAGGUAAAAAUAUAGUAAAUUCUGGUUAUGCCAAACAUGCCUAUGAUGAAUUCAUACUUACAGCAGGAGGGUUUAAAUUUCAUAUUCCAAAGAGUAUUAGGGACUUAUAAUGGUUUGUUCCCGUUUUGC